UGUUUAUGACCUGUAUGAAAUAGGUUAAAAAUCAAAAGGAAUUAAUUUGAUUCUAGAAUAUUUUUGGAGGCAAGGAAGUAUAGGAGAAGGGGGAGGAUUUUCUUGGGAGAGAGGGGGGAGUUAUAGGAAAAAGGAGGAGGAGGAGAUGGAGGAGGGCAACAAGGACAAGGAUCGUCACUUGCCCAUCGCCAACAUCGGCAAGAUCAUGAAGCGCGUGCUGCCGGACAACUCCAAGAUGACCAAGGACGCCAAGGAUCUCGUCCAAGAGUGCGUGUCCGAGUUUAUCUGCUUCGUCACCGGCAUCGCCGCCGACCGCUGCACCAAGGAGAAGCGCAAGACCAUCAAUGGCGACGACAUCCUCAAGGCGCUCCAGCAAUUAGGGUUCGCGGAGCACGCCGAGAUCGUUCGCGUCUACUUCGAGCGCAAGGUCGCGCAGGAAGCUGCCGCUGCCGCCGCCGCCGCCGCCGGUGGUAAGGCCGCUACUCGCUAGGAUUUCUUCUUUUGCUUUUCUUUCUAGGCGCUCUCCUCCUCCAUUGCAAGGAGCUCUUGUAACACACAAGCACACACACUUUUUUGAUACAUAUAUACAUUCUUCUGAUCACUUUGGAUAUAUGGUAUAUGGCUGCUAAAUCUAAUCUUACAGCUGUGGUAAGUUCCUAGAUUAUUUUUUUCUGUUUGCUUAUUGUUUGCAAAUGCGACCUUGGCUUCACUUCGGAGCGAUGGCAGACAACUUACUGAUGUUGAUGAAAUUCUCGCUGAACAAGAUUGUGUGUGUUAGUGUGUUUCCACUCUGAUAUUCGCUUCCAUCCACCAAGAAGACCGCUUAGAGCGCAGAUUCGAGUAACUUUAUAGACUGUGGCAAAAGCUCUGUAAGCUGCCAGUAGUAACGAAACCUAUUACCAUUACUUCUAACUCAUCCUGGGAUUAUUCUAUCUUA